AAGAAAUUUUUAUUUAAAAAAAGUUUUGCUGGAAUUUAUAGCCCCUAGUUUUGUUGUUUUUUGUCUGCGCGUAUUUAUUUUGGUGUGCGCAACAGACUUCAAAUGCCCAUAUAUGUUCCCUUCACAUUACCCUUGUUCCCUUCAGACUAUCUAUGUUCCUCUCAAACUACCCCUUGUUCCCUUCACACUACCCCUGUCCUUUUGCAUUCCUGCCUAUGUUCCUUUCACAUUACUUAUGCCCCUUCACACUACCUAUGCCGCUUACAAUACCCUUUUACAUUUCCCCCUGUUCCCUUCAUACUACUCUUGUUCCGCUCACUUGUGCCUUUUUCCUUCCAUUCUACCCUUGUUCUUGUUACACUUUGCCAAUUUUGGCGUUAAGUUGGAAAUUUAAAUUUUGC